CACUCAGACACUGCAGCAGCUGGCUGUAGUUGUGUAUGAAGCUCAGGACAAGGACUUGACUCAGUGGUUCAUGGAGAAGGUUGGUGGAGACCUGACCUCCUGCAGGCUGGACUGGGAAGUGCUUCUCUCUCUGCUGCAGCAUUCAACCCACAACAUCACAGUGGACCUCAGGAAGAACAGGCUUCUAGAGAAGAACAUCUCAGACCUUCUCCCCUUUCUGGGAAGGGUUAUAUUCAAGAGGCUCAGUUCCAGCUUUGUGAAGUCUACCAUCAGACAGAUCUAUGACAGUAGAGCCAGUGACUGUGUGUCCAGUUUGUUGAGGUCUUCAGACCAUUGGAUCAACCUGAACAGCAGAGAGCUGGACAGAGUGGACUGUACUGCUCUGUGUUUCACCCUGCAGCACAGCCACCAAGUCAAAGUCAACCUGCUGUGGACCUCCAUACCACCGGGGGAGAUAGAGAGCAUCCUGCCUCUUCUGGACAGAGUCUCCCAACUCAGUGUUGACAAGAAGCUGUUGCUGAGUUUCCUCCACUCCUGCGCUGCCUCUCAGAUCCUGCAGGGGGCACUAUCACCAACAACAACAACAACAGCAGCGGAGCUGCUCAGGGCUCUGCAGUACAGGUUGGACUUUUCCUGCUCCUCCUCUGUGGACCUGUCAGCUCACGACCAGGGGGAGGCGCUGUGUCUGACCACUGACCACUGUAGGGCCAUAAACUCUGUUCUGAAGCAGAGCCAGCACAGCACACGGCUGGUUCAGAACCCGACUCAGAACCAGUCCCGAAACCAGACCCACGUGCAGCUCAUCCUUAAAGACUGUGAGGUGGAGCACGGAGCACUGAGAGAGCUGCUUCCCAUCCUGCAUAUUGUCAAGCUGAGUCUCAGCAAAGCUCUGCUACUUCAGCUGCUGGACCAUGUGUGUGAGGGGAUUGAAGAGGGGGUUCUGAGGCACGCAGAGUUCCUGUGCAGAGCCCUGGAUGGGGAGCUGGACCUCAGUGAGACCAGGCUGAACCAAAAGGCCUGUGGAUCUCUAGCCCUGGUUCUGGAACACUCAGAGGGGCUGUCAGAACUGGACCUCAACCACUGCCAACUCACAGACCGCCAUCUACAGCCCCUGCUCACACACCUGCACAAAGUUGAAGUCCUGGACCUGAGUCACAAUGACAUCACUGAUGCUCUGACCGACAGUAUACUCCAACUGGUCUCCACCAACACUUCAAUACGCACCGUACGGCUCUUCAACAACAGAAUCAAUGACAGAAGUCCGUUCCUGACAGACAAGAGGUUUGAGAUCUGGUGAAGCAGCAUCAGGUCCAAGUCCAGACAGGAAGAGAAGACGGAUGAUGCGGAGGCAGAGGAAGAGAAGAUGGAUGUUGCAGAGGCAGAGGAAGAGAAGAUGGAUGUUGCAGAGGCAGAGGAAGAGAAGAUGGAUGUUGAAGAUGGGUGUAGUAGCUACAAAGCCUCGGCAGGGUGAGACUAGAGGGACUCUUCUGACCAGCAUCUCAUCAACCCUAACCUUGACCCUAACCAUAACCUCAUUUUAACCAAUUCUUAAAUUAAAUAAUGGUUUGCAUGUCAGCCACAUCCCCUUAGUUUUUAGCUGACCUCAUCAUGAUGUCAGAAGAAUGACCAGUGAUGUCAUCAGGGGUUUUGGGACUAAGGUAUUGAAAAAAUAGUUGAGACUCCAGAACUCUGGAAUGUUCUGAGUGUAAUGGAUAGGAAUGUGUAGUUUUAUUUACCUCUUACAUGGUUCUUAAACACAGGAACAUGUGUAGUAUAACGGUUUUUGAGCUUUACUUAUUUUUGUGAUCUGACAAUUUGUGAAAUUCCUUCAGAAGGAAUAGAUUGUAUAUGUGUUUUUAUAGUCUAGUAUUUAUCAGGUUGAUGUGAAUGUGUUCUACAAUUGCAGUGGGAGACUAAUACAUUAGUGUUUUGUUGCAGGUCAACUGCAGGGUAUUGUGUUACUCAGGCUAGCCUUGUUGAGAACCAAGCUUCCCUAUUCAGGAAGCAAGAGGUGUGUUCAGUUCGCUUGAACGUUUGCUAUGUUGGGCAACGUUUUGUACUGAAUGACACAUUUCCCCCAAAUGUUCUUGAACAGACUUCGAGGUACGUUUGGUGGGUGUGGCGAGGUGUGGCUUGAAGCAAUGAGUGACAUAUUUUUAUUUUUAAAGGGCAGUGGCCAUGCUGACAGCGUUCUCCAACCCACAACCUAACCCCUCCCCAUUUUUCAACUGGUUGUUCAGUACAGCACCUUCAAUUGAACCGUUUCAGAACGUAAAAACAUACUGAACGCAGCCCUGGUGAAGUUCAGGGCAGAAAGUUGCUACGAGUGGGUGGAAACCAUUGAUGCCUCGCAACACGUCACACCAAUCAAUUGCCUUGCUUUGGAGGAGCACUAAAGGUGCCCACUAGUGCCGUAGGAGGAACAGUGUGUGAGGAUGCCCAGGAAAUCUCUGAUGUAUAACAUGUACACACACCAUAACAAAAUGUAUUUAGUAGAGCAGUUGUAAUGCCUUCAUCGACUUGAGAAGAACAUUACACGCGGCUUCCCUUUUAGGGGCAUGUGGGGGAGGUUUCUUGAAAUAUAACAUCCAAUCAAAAUGUAGCCACUGGAACCCAGCAGAUCAUUCUAACUGUUUUGGCUAAUACAAAAUUCUCCAGACCUCCAAAGGAGGCAUGACAACAAUGUGAUUUUGGAGGUAUGGCUACAUGAGACUAGUACAAGCCUUUCUCAUAUCAAAACAGACAAACUAUAAGAAAUAAUAUAUUAAUAUUUUGUGUUUUUAAUAAAUGUACCUUGCGGCCCAUUAUUGGUUUUUGACUGUGUUCUCUUCAGGUUGAAAUCAUUACUAGUGAAUCCUAAAUAAUCUGUAUCGAGUUAAUGCUGGUAUUAAAGCGAUCCCAUCGCA